AUGGACAUGGUAGCAACUCAUACUUACCUUGAUGGCAUCCUCCCCUUCAUCUACCAGGGAUUGUGGGCCGCGGGGUUCUCUCAUAGCACGGCGACCUUGUCUUCAGGGGAACCUCGCGGUUUGUGUGGGCUCCGGCUCAUGCACCGUCUCAAUAUUUCCCUGUCCCAUCCUGGCCCUCGGGCUGGGUGGGCAUUUUUUGUUGCCUGGAAGGGGCUCUAA